UGGUGACAUCGCAAAGAACAUUGGAGAUUUUAUCUUCUACCUCUGUAAAUAGGAGGUGAAGUUCUGAAAGUUCUCCCCAGCUAUGCCUACUGUAAACUACAGUGGCACCAGCCACACAGUCUUCAGCUUGCUGGGCAUCCCUGGCCUAGAGGACCAGCACAUGUGGAUUUCUGUGCCCUUCUUCAUUGCCUAUGUCACUGCCCUUCUUGGAAACAGCCUACUUAUCUUCAUUAUCCUCACAAAGCGCAGCCUCCAUGAACCCAUGUACCUCUUUCUCUGCAUGCUGGCUGGAGCAGACAUUGUCCUCUCCACAUCCACCAUUCCUUGGGCCUUAGCUAUCUUCUGGUUCCAUGCUGGGGACAUCUCCCUGGAUUGUUGCAUCACUCAGCUCUUCUUUGUCCAUUCCACCUUCAUCUCUGAGUCAGGGAUCUUGCUGGUAAUGGUAUUUGACCGCUACAUUGCCAUAUGCUACCCACUGAGGUAUAUCACCAUUCUUACAAAUGCUCUGAUUAAGAAAAUUGGUGUGACUGUCUUCCUGAGAAGUUAUGGUACAAUUUUCCCUAUCAUAUUUCUUUUAAAAAGAUUGACUUUCUGCCAGAAUAUUAUUAUUCCACGCACCUUUUGUGAACACAUUGGCCUAGCCAAAAAUGCUUGUAAUGACAUUCAAAUAAACAUUUGGUAUAGGUUUUCCAUCCUAAUGUCAACAGUGGUCUUAGAUGUUGUGCUAAUUUUUAUUUCCUAUAUGCUGAUUCUCCAUACUCUCUUUCACAUGCCUUCUCCAGAUGCUCGCCAAAAAGCUCUUAACACAUGUGGCUCCCAUGUCUGCAUCAUCAUCCUCUUUUAUGGGCCUGGCAUCUUCACAAUCCUCACCCAGAGGUUUGUACACCACAUUCCACCUCAUAUCCACAUCUUGGUGGCUAAUGUCUGCAUUCUGGCUCCACCUAUGCUGAAUCCUAUUAUUUAUGGGAUCAAGACCAAGCAAAUUCAGGAAGAGGUAGUUCAUUUUUUGUUUAUAAAAUAGAAAUAACUUUAGUUUAAGAAUUGAGUUUUCAGAAUCUCUAACUAUCUGGUAAAUGGGUAUGGAAGUGGUAGAUGGGAGGGGUCAGC